CGGCUGGACGAGCUGCGGCGCGCGGCGCGCGCGCUGCGCGUGCCGGUGUUGCGGCACUCGGAGGUGCUGACGGCGCUGCUUGACGCGGAGCUGCCGCCCGCGCUCGCGGCGGCGGCUGCGCAGCGGCAGGAGCAGGAGCAGCAGCGGCAGGAGCAGGAGCAGCAGCGGCAGGAGCAGCGGCGGCAGGAGAAGCCUCAAGCGCCGCCCGCGGCAGGGCGCUCGGCGGCGGCAGCAGGCUCAAAGGCGGCGCGCGGGGCGUCUCCGGCCAAGGCGCGGCCGCAGGCGGCGACUGCGGCGGUGGCGGGGGCGGCGUCUCCGGGGGCCAAGGGCACGCCGGCUGGGCGUGGCGUGGGGGCAGGGCAGGGGCCGUCCAAGAAGAAGAUCCGGCGGGUGGCGCCUGGGGUGGAAGAGGCGGCGGGGCAUGAGGAGCAGCCUCGGCAGCAGCAAGAGGAGGAAGAACAGGACCAGGGGCAGCAGCAAGUCCAGCAGCAGCAGGAGCAGGAGCAGGAGCAGGCAAAGUUGUCCUCGCCAGCACCGCCCAGUGCCCGCACGCCGCCGCGAGCGCGCACCGCGGCGGCACAGCAGCCGCCGCCGCCGUCGCCCGUCGUCUCGCAGCCGUCCCCCGGCUCGCUGCGGCCGCCGCGCCUGCCGCAGCUGCAGUGGGAGGGGGCGCCAUUGCCCCCGCCGAACGGCGCGCCGCCGCAGCAGCCGCGCACCUUCUUCGGCGGCCUGCGCCUCGUCGCGCCCUCCUCUCCCGCCAGCAGCCCGCGCGCCCGCGGCGGCGCGCGCCCGCCCCGCGCCGCCGCGCCGGCCGCCGCCAUCGUGCGGCCCGGCGGGUGGCUGCUGCUGCUGCCGCAGCUGGGGGAGUCGCUGCCGCGGGUCGUGCGCGUCGAGGCGCUGUGGCAGGAGGUGCCGAGCGACGGCCGGCCGCGCAUGUUUGCGCGCGUGUCGCGGUACUACCGCCCCUGCGAGACGAUCUUUGCGAUGCCCGGGCCGCAGCUCUACGAGUCAUCAGACGCCUGCCGCCUGCCGCUCGCCGGCGCCGUGCUCGCCGCGUGCCGCGUGCUGCCCGGCCCGCCGCCGGGUGCGCCCUCUGGGGACUCUGCAGCGGCGGCGGCCGCGGCGGCGGCGGCGCUGGGCUGCGAGGCGGGUGUGGAUGUGGCCGCGGGCGGCGUGGUGGAGGAGGUCGAGGGGCGGCCCGUGGUGACGUUCUACUGCUCACUGUUUUAUGACCACGAGCUCAUGACCCUCAGGGCGGCGGCGGCGCCGGCGUUGCAUGGGCAGCAGGGGUAG